AUGAGAUGUAGAUUUCUACAAAGAAUAAAUAAAUUAAAGAAUCAAUAAUAAAACAAACAAACAAACAAACAAACAAAUAAAUAAUUAAUUACUAUCAAUAAACUAUAAUUUUCUUUUAAUUAUUUGAUAAGGAAACACCUGUAAGCCUCAAUUCAACCAAUAUAAAAACACACUCACACAUAUAAAUUCCAAUAAUUUAUUUAAAAAACUACAAAAAAGUAAUAUAAAUACUAAAAUUUUACUAAGGAAAUUAGCUAAUCCUAUAAAUUGUUUAAGCUUAUUUAAUGGACUUAUUUUUUGGCCUAAAAAAUUAAUAAUCAUCUAAAUUUAUUAAAAAUAAACAUAUUUAAAUAAGUAGUCUCAUGA